AUGUGACGGAUUCCAGGUUUUCUCUCUUUUAUCCCUGAGUCAAAUAUUGCCGAGUUGAUUCUGAGCUGUACUGUGGGACGGAGUAGUAAUAUAGUGAUAAUUUUUCUCCAGGUGAACCCGGAGAGUUUUAGAUCUACUUCAAAUCUUCUGGAGAAACGAGGGGUUAGAGUAAGGUUUAGGGUCGGAGUAUAGUGUACAGGGUUUUUAAUUAUUCUCGGCUGUGAUAUCUGUGAUAAUUUUAAUACAUAAUUAAACUGUUCUUAUCAAUAUUAAUAAUAACACAACAUUAGUGACGCAUACAUUUUAUAAUAUUUAGCAGGUUAUAAUAUUUUUAACAAUAAUGUUAUUAACAGAAUUCAAAUAGAUCAAUGAUAAAUUGAAACCUAAAUGAUCAUGAAAAAUAAUCAAGAAGUAUAAAAAUUUAUCAAAACAUUGAAAACCACGCUCAACAAAACCUACAGCAUAAAACUAGGAGAAGAAACUCUGGUUAAUCUGAAUCGGAAAAGAAAUCGACUCCAUUUCUCAAAAAUAACUCUGGUCUCAUAAAUCCUUGAAACCUUCAACAGUUCGCCGUUACAUCAAUCCACUCCAGGUGAGAGAGCAGUAAAUUAUCAGAAUAAUGAGGAAUAGCAGCUCAGAACCAAUAUCCUUAAAACAUAUGUCGGGUUCCCUUCGAGGAAGCAGCUCCAGUUAUAGUACAGGAGCGUCUGGAACCCUGAACAGCUUACUAAGAGGGAGCAGCUGUGGUUAUCUUCCAGGAGCUGCUGGAGCACAGAACAGCCCCCUCCGGGAAAGCAGCUGCAGUCCGCCUAGAGCCAGGAUUCCUGAUUGUGGUAAAAUGAAACUUGUUGCUGUUGGAAACCGAUUUUGUCUUACUAAACUUGAUCCUGGAGAUAAACUUCAACCUGCUCAGGGUUCUACUUUGUCCGGAAACAACAGACCUUCAGGACACAUUUCUAUCACCAGUACUACCGGAGCUAAACCCCCUCCAGCUAGUCAACAUCAGACAACAUGGCAGAUCAGUCUGAGGUCAAGAAGUAGCUCAGAUGAAAGAUCUGUCCUUAGGAGAACGGAGUCAGGAGAGGAACCGGAUAAAAGAACUAUCUCCAAAGACUCAAACAAUAUUAAAAAAGCAUAUCUGAAAGAAAAUACAGUUCCUAAAAUCAAGGAACGAAUCAUAUCCUUGCAGGACAGCUUCUCCAGUUCCAGAAGUAAGGUCAGCACUAUGCCCUGGAGUAGAAACCUUCAACCUAAUUCUCCGGAUUCACAGAAGCUGAGGAAGACGAGUUCCAGUCCAUGUCUUUUCAUUAAACAGACUGCAAUGAAGUUAUCUCAGAACAAACCAAUCAAACUCUUUCCAAAUUCGUCCAGAGCUAUAGAAACAAAACUUUCACAGGUUGUAACGGAGGAGAUAAAAUUUCGUGAAAGAACGCAGCAUGCUCCCAGAACUGUUGUGGAAAUAUCUGAACUCUCAGACGAAAGACGACGAAUAAAGUCUUACUCCGUAGGUCCUUGGGGUCCUAACGACCAAAAUUCUUUAAGAUCUAGAACUGAGGUUCAAGAUCCUGCACCGAGGAGAGGUGAGAUCCGUCCCAACACUGACGUGCAGAUUUCUCAGCCAAGAUAUGAAGUUCACGAGAAAGAUGUGGAUCGGGUUUCUAGGAAUGACAUUUGUAAACUGACAGACAUUGCUCCUCAUACACUUCACACUAACAGAGCUGAGAGAAGAGUUGAAAGAGUAAAUUCUUCUCAGAUUGCUGUUUCUUGUACCUCAACUCUUCUUCCUGUUUCUGUUUCUCCUCCGACUCAUCUUCCUGUUUCUGUUUCUCCUCCGACUCAUCUUCCUGUUUCAUCUACUUCUCCAACUCAACCUACUCCAUCAUAUACCUUUGAUUCUCAUUCAAACCUUCCCAGUUCUGAAGAUAUUUAUUCCAAUUCUUAUUCACCUCCGUCGAUCCAACCUGGUUUAUCUUCACCCCAUCUACCUCACGCUUCUCCGUCCUGCCCUACUCUCGCACACCACUCUACUUCAUCCCGUCCUACUCCUGGACACCACUCUAAUCCAUCCAGUCCUUCUUCUGGACACCAUUCUACUCCAUCCCGUCCUACUCCUGGAAACCACUGUAAUCCAUCCCGUCCUUCUUCUGGACACCACUCUACUCCAUCCUGUCCUAAUCCUGGACACCACUCUACUCCAUCCUGCCCUACUCCUGGACACCAUUCCACUCCAUCCCGUCCUACUCCUGGACACCAUUCCACUCCUGAUCGUUUCAGCAACAACAAUCUUAUACAUUCACACUCUUCUCCCACCUAUCCAUAUAACCUUGCUCUAUCCUAUUCCAACCUUGAUCCUGACAGAUCCCAUCCAAUCAAUGAAACAGGUUGCUUUAAACCCCAAAAUAUAGAUGAGACAGAGUACGAAAAUAUAGAAGUUCAAGAUACAAGAAAUACAUCUUCAAAUAAAAAAGAAUAUGAUUCAGUAAUUAUCUUGGAUUCUCCUCGUAAACCAUUGUAUCCUAUUACCUUAUUUGAUCAAGAACCUAGUAAAGGAGCAAAGGUUUGUCCUGAGGAAGAUUUAUCUUCUAGAAGAGGAGAUAACUCAGAUACAACAUCUAUCUCUGGACUACCUUUUAGAAGAGCUUUCUCAUUGAACCCAGAGCAGAAUUUUGAACCUCUAUUUUACCAGGUUCAACUUUCAGAAUCGGAAAAGGAAUCCAUCCCGGAGCUGGAGGAGAGAAGGAAACGUUCUCUGACUGCAGAGGAUUAUUAUCAGAUAGCAUCCAGGUAUAGUUGCAAGAGCUCAAGAAACUCGUCCAUAGAGUGUUUAGAUGAAGCUCAAGGCUCAGUUUACAGAGCGGAGAGGAGAGUGAAAGAUAAAAACCGUCAUUUUAAAGUGAACUCUCAUUACGAGGACUAUGAAGACUUUUUGGUAAACACAUCUCUUCAGUUUCCUGAGGACGUCCCAACCCAAACCAAAGACAUUGGAUCCGUUCAGUUUUCUGAGAACAUCUUGGGUCCAUUCAAAGACUUUGUAUCCGUUCAAUUAUCCGAGGGCGUCUUAGCUACAGCCAAAGACUAUGGGCCUAUUCACCCAUAUGAGGACGUCUUAACUCCAGCCAAAGAUUUACAAUCUGUGAAAAUAUCUGGAGACAUCUUUAUUUCAAUGAAAGACUCCGAAUCCGAACAAAUUCCUUUAAAAUCUUUGAAAGAUUCUGAAUCAUCGUCUGACGUUUACCCUGGGUUCUCCAUUCAUCAAGGUUCCGGGUUGAGGAGGGAGAGUGACGACAUUAUCCUGAAACGACCUGUGGAUUACAAGACCGAGAACAGGAGAGAUAAAAUGUCUUCUUCUGAUCUAAUCUAUUCAGAGCCGGAGAAAAAUACUUUCUCCUCGUUACUACGCGAGGACGGAGAAACCUUGGAGCCUGAGGAUGUUACUCGGAGUAAGAAAUAUACGAGUGUAAUAAGAAACUCUUAUCCAAAACCUUUUAUUAGAAAUAAUUACAACCAAAUUCAACAAGUUGGUGAUUAUAAAAAUCAAAAAGCUUAUGGAUACAAUUCUAAUCCUGACCAAACCUUAAAUCAAAAUCCGACUUCGAAUGAGUUGAAACAAUCUCAAACCCGUCUCCAGUGCAUGGAUUCAACCCGUCUCCAACCUCAAGGUGCAGGGUGUUUCCCAGUGCAGGAAUCUACUCGGUCCAAAAUUUUAGAUUGUAUUGACUAUCAGGAUUCAAUCCGAUCUCUUGAAUCAGACAAUUUCCAGUAUCAUAAUUCCACACGAGAACGAGAUUCAAACUAUCUCCAGGAUCACAACAGCAUCAAUCAAUCACAAGGGUCAUACUAUCUCCACCAGGAUCAGAACUUCACAAAACCUCUAGGUUCAAACAAGCUCCAGGAUAACAGCAUCACUGAAUUACAAGGAUCAAGCUAUCUCCAGGCUCACAGCUUCACUCAAUCACAAGGUUCCAACUAUGUUCAGGAUCACAGUUUCACAGAAUCACUAGGUUCAAACGAUCAAUGGGAUCACAAGUCCUUAAAAGCACAAGGUUCAAGUGAGCUCCUCGAUCUCAGCUCCACACAAUCACAGGGUUCAAGUAAGCACCAGGAUCUCAGCUUCACACAAUUACAGGGUGCAAACGUUCUCCAGGAUAAUAAUAUCAGUGAAUCACAAGUUUCAAACAAUCACAGGGAUAAUAUCUUUACACCAUCAAGUGGUUCAAAUAAUCUCCAGAAUACAGCACUGUAUCAAGGUUCCAAUAUUCUCCCGUAUCAAUAUCCAACCCCGUCCCAUGAGAAGGAUACUUUACUAUUCCAAGUAUCUAAGAGUAGCAGUGGAGCAAGUGAAUUUUCCGAGGAUGAGGAAAUAAGAAAAGAGCUUCAAAGCAUUCUGGGAAACUCUCAAAACUUUCCCAUUAAAACUUCUCAAUCCUUGAACUAUCAAAAAGAUGACAUCAAUAUCUCUAAUAUUUUACAAUCUGGGCAGAACCUCAGCACAGCGGAGAAUAAUUUCUCUCUGAAAAAGUUGAGUAAAAAGAAGGACAUUGAGAAACGUAGUUUGACGGUGACUGCUGGGGAAAGAAGUGGUGAGGAGAAAGGAAGCGUGACCCAGCAUACACUUCAGAAUCAAUCCAACUUCAGUGCUAGCAACAGCAGACUCAACAAUAAUUCAGAUUUUUGUGAUUUCAUCCCAGUGAAUGCUGUCACAGAAUCUUAUUCAUUCUACCAACAAAACAACAGUUUGGAAAAGAACAUAUACACAGAUAAGGAAGAGGGAAGAGAAUCAAUUAGAAGAGAAUCUUCUAUCAAGGAAUGGUCUCCAGGUUUGAGAAGUGUGCGUGAAACGUGUCCAGGUUAUACUGGAUCAAGGGAAUCUUCGCCCGAGGAGGAUUCAGUUGAAACCCGGGGAUUUAGAGAACCAUCUGAAAGCCCAUCAAGUGAAACUGAAACUAGCAGGAGAUUGAGAUUCCGGAAUCCGCGAGAGAGAAGAAACUCAAUACCUGAGAGGGAAAUAGAUACCGAGGAUACAGACAAUGCAGUUUUGCAACUCAACCUCAGAAAGAUAUCUGGCAAACAUCUGGUGCACCCGGAUGUACAGAAUUUAAAUCCUAAUCCUUCAAACCUGAACCCUAAUCAGGAGAAGGAUAACGAGAAGGAGGAGAACGAGGACGAGGAGGAUGACGAUGAACCUCCAGGUUUAGGUAUUAUCACAGUUUCUCCGUUCUGUAGUGACGGAGAAGAGUCGGACGAGGAGAUUGAAGACUUAACUCGUGAACCUUUAAACAAAAAUAGAAACCCAGAAGAGGACGAAGAGUUGGAUGAAGUAAAUCUUUUGGAGAAACUACAAUCCUUAGAUUUGAGUGGAAACGUUCUGCAGCCUUGGCAGCCCAUCCUAUCCAGUAUGAAGGACACUAAGAAAGGAAUUUUCCGCCUGGGACGGAUAAAAUUACGCGGGAAUAAACCUGGUCUAAGACGGAGUCGGAGCUGGCAAGGGUUUGGAAGUGGGUUGAGAUAUGAAUCUGUAUCCGAUGCAGGACUUCCUCCACCACCUUCUCAUCCCCCAGCAAUGACACCAUCUAACCAACAAACAUCAAGUCCGGUCCGUGCUACCAGACAAUCUCAUUAUCGUCCCCUAUCUAACUCUGAAUUUGGGCCAAAAUGUUCAGCUUUCCCUCCCCCUUCCUUAUCCUCAUCCUCCUUCCCCGUCGUGAGAUCCCAGUCCGAGGGGAAUGUUCUCCGGAGCAGUACACAGGCAGGGAUACCCGGAGUACAGGACGAGGAUAUUGAAUACGAGUGUGUUGUGACCUGCAAGGUUAGAAGACGAGGAGAAGACGACAUGUCCUCCCUGGUUCCACAUCCUCUACCACCCGGAAGAGAUGAUCUUACGGAGCAGGAGAUCAACCAUCUUAUGUCAGUGAUUGCUAACAUGGAAAGUGUGAAGGGUGUAGGUGGGCGGGAGGAGGAGAAACAAAGUCCUCCUCCGACAGAUGAUGAACUAAGAGAGUUUAUUGAUUAUGUCGGGAUGGGUGUUGUAAACCAGGAUAGGGUAGAUUAUGAAGAACAGCGUCAAGAUGAAGGUCAACCUGAACCUCCUAAGCGGAGCAAACAGGCGAACCAGUAUUUCUGGAGGAGACACUAUCUCAGUAUUAUCCAGGAGGAGGAGGAGCACGCUGAUCAGUCUCAGGGUUCCUCUAGAGCUAACUCCAGGCCUGCAUCAACCUAUGAGAACAAUAUGUUCAGAAUGCCAAGGAUACUCUCCAUCUCCCCGCUCUGCACCGUGGAGCAGAGGGGGAGGGAGGAGAAGAGGGACUCCAGGGAGUCCUGGGAGAGUGAAAUGUCUGUAGAAUCUCUAACCUCGAUUAAUUCAAUUUUGUCCGAAGAGGGUUCAAUCACAUCCUCAGGAUCUUUUCAAUCUGACACAUGUCAAGAGAAAUCAAACUCUCGUGAUACCGAGGGAGGACGGAGAGCUUAUGAAAGUUUAUCAUGUCUUCUCGACUCAGUCCCUCCUCCCUCAAAUACUCCGGAUUCAAUGGUUAUAGAUCCUUCUAUAUCUAAACCUUGUUUAAGUGAGAUAAAUCCUGUGUCCAGGAUAAGAACAGGAAUGGGAUCUAGGUUUAAACAGCAGUUACAGGAAAUAGAAGAAAGGAAACUUAAUGAAGAUGAGGACGAAAAUGAUGGAAGGGAAGGAAACACUAACGCAAGGUUUAGGAAAGAUUCCUUCUCGGAGUCAGGAGAAGGACGAAGGACAAGUCCAACCGGAGAUAGGACUCAAGAAAGAUCUUCCGAGGGAGAAGGUUCCAGAACUCCCACAAGAAACAGAAACAAUGCAGAGAAGAAGGAGAUCAAUUCCGUCCAGUCGACUCAGGAAACCCGCCAGGGACUUGCAGGAGGACCUGGAGUAAAAUCUGAACCAGGACCGAAUCUCAGGGUGCCCUCUGUAUCCCGGAGUCAGAGAAAGAACCUGACAAUCAGUACCCUGAUAGCAGAGUGUGAGGAGUACGUCCAAACGGAUAGGUUUACUCAGGAUCUAAGUUCUAAUCUUGUCACCCUGUUCAAAGGAGGAACCGGAAAAGUCGGGACGGAUUCCUCCAAUAAUAAUCCUGUAAAACAGUCCCAAGAGAAGAAGAUUGAGAGUGAAGGUGGCGGGAAGCCUCCCAAAAUCCCCCAAAACAUGAGACUUAAACCAAUUGUGGACCGAGCAGAGAAGGUUGAGAAGGUUGGGUUGGGAAAGUUUCCUGGUCUCCGGGAGAGUGUUUAUGAUAAUGUUGAGAGUGAUAUUGAGGAUGAAGGUAUAGAUAACUACUACAGUGAUGACAGCGGGACUCCACCAAAGAUUUGCCGAGGAGUCAGACAUGAAUCUAGUCCUGCUCAGUACUCAGAGGGGUAUGACAGCGCUCAGGAGUCAGAGCGUCGAGGCAGGUGCGAAAAUCAAACUACAAAGGAGAAGAAUGUGGAGAAAAACUCUCAUCUCAAUCCGUUCUUAAAUCCUCAGGAUUCUCAGGGGUCAAAUCCGUUCGAGGAAGAUCUCCGGAGCUUGAACCCGUUCGAGAACCUGUCCCCGGAUCCACAAUUCAAACCCAGUAAGACGAAUAAUCCUUUCGAAAAUGAUUUAUCAACGCCGAGAAAUCCGUUCGAAGAGAGCUUCGAAAGUUCGAGUGUUAUGACUGAUUCCUGUGAUAGUAUUGGAGAUCCUGAGACGUUGCAGGAGAACUUUGAAGACUAUGAGAGCAUGAUGUCGGAUAUAGAGGAAACGCUGAGCAUUCUCUCCAGAAACUCAAGAAGUACAACACCAGCCUCGGAUCUGUUCAACUCUAGAACCCCGACCCCAAGUUUCGGACAGUUUUCAUCCUACUCCACAUCAGAUUUAUCUGUGAGAAUUCCCAGAUCUGUCUCGGAUAAACACGUUAUCCCUGUUGUUUCCGUAUUCGAUGAUUUGAAAGAUUAUUUAUCCGACUCUGAUCUUUCACUGGAUUAUAUGAUUUCUAUGCAGCGACGGAAGCACAAGAAACAGAAGAAUCUUAACAAGCAAGCACAGUUAGCAAACUUUAUCACUAGUAAAAAAUCAACGAGGGAAGAGCAAGAAAUUCCCAAGAGUGCGGAGAAAGAUAAAAAGGUUGAACUUCAGUAUUUAGAGAAAAGUUCGAGUUUUCUGACGAAAAUUAGAAAUGACACGAACUGCGCAGAAAGAAAGGACUCCGCAACUGAAGCAUUCAGACCCAGUUAUGGCGGUAGUAAACCCCAAAGCAAAAUUUCAGAAAGUUUCACUGUUCCUGAAAAGUGUGUUAAUGAGACGAAUUCUCACAGAUCAUUUACUACCGAGAGUUAUCAGGAUGGGACGAAUAGCUUGGAGAGAAUGAUCAAUGAUACAGGUAGCAACAAACUGACCGCAAGCAGAGACAUUCUUCACCGAAGACAAUCUAAGUCUCCGACUCCUCAUAGAGAUCCGUGCCUUGAACCUAUCCCGGAGUUAGAGGAGAAGACAAGACUUGUUGCAAGUUAUUUCGCCGAGGAAAAGAAUUCGCAGGAUCAACUUUAUCCCGGACAGACAGGCUCUUUGAAGCGAAGAAAAGACGCAAGGACUGCCUCUCUUACUAGUUUGCUAAACUCUAAAUCAGCAGAAACGAACGAGGCGGAACAAGCAACAUUUAUUUCUCCGGCAAAUCCGUCUCAUCCGUCCCUGUGCUCUACUCCGGAGAAGGGCCCGUUCACUCGAACCUUCCAGCUCUUUCAACAGAAACCAGUGAUAUCCAGGGUUGCGGUAAAUAAGUCAGUUCUCAGUAUUCGUCCGUUUAGAAAGGAGAACUCUGUCCCUCCAAAUAUAACAGAAAAUUCGUCCUACACCUCCUUCCCAUCCUCAAACCGGAGCUGGGACGGAAACCUAAGAAGCUCCGCCUCUGAAAGUAAACUGAAUACUUUACUAAAUUCUCCGUUACACGCUCCAGAUACUGCUUUUUCAGACAAAGGUUUGCAAGGAUUGGAUGCAGAGUUACAAUACGAGACUGAAACCGAAUCCAGGAUAGGGGUUGAUAAUCAGGAAUGUUCUAGUGAAUCCCGAGAGAGAAGUAAUUCAACCCAGUCCUUGCAUUCCUUCAGCCGCCAACUGGCCGAGGACAGGAUGCAGAAAAUUCGGGAGAUGAGGAACCAGUUCCUGGGAAUUGAAACUAAAGGUUCCGUGAGUUUAUGGAACUCGGAAAAUUCGGGUUCAAAUGGGAUUGGAAGCAGGAAUCUGAGAAGUCAAAGCUUGGAGCCUGAAACAACUAAACUGGGAUCUUUUUCUUGGAACUUGACCCCUAAACCUUAUUCCUCCGGGUUCUACGAGAGCACUGAGCAAGGAUUAAUGACAAGACAAAACUCAGAAUCGGUUUCAUUAGCUGACAUCAAAUCCAUCCGCCCUGCUCCGGCCAGCAAUGAAGGUUUGUUUCACGCAGUUCCAGUGCGAGUAAAUUCCAGUGGAUCAGAUGAUUCAAGUCCAGAUGAGGGGGAGGAGAAGGUUGAAGAAGAAGACGAGGAUGAGGAUGAGGAUGAUGAUGAUGAAGAUGCUCGAACUGUAAUCUACAAAUCUCCUUUUUCCAGUCCAGGUCUAGUUUUAUCUCGUUCUGCGAGUCUAACAAUGACCCCCCUCUCAUACAGUCCAAGGUGUACACCACUUCCCCCCUUUAGCGUCAAUCUUCCCCCUAUUCCAUCCUCCUCCUUCCCCUCAUCUGUCUCCUUGCCUCCCGUAGCUCCUGUUCGCCCCGCCUCCUGUGAUCCGAAUGGGGUUUCAAGCUCCCUGGAUUCUCCGUCUCCGUCCCCUCCGCCCCGACCUCCUCCGCCAACCAACUAUAUUCCGUCCUAUGAUCACUUUGCAUCCCUUCCCAGAAACUGGAAAACUAAACUUCCAUUUAAAACAACAUAAAUCAUAUUUUAAUAAUAUUUUAUUUCUUUAUUUUAUUCCUCCUCCGAUACUAACACAAUAGCUCUCAGGUUUUAUUUUGCAUUUUUAUAUAAUUUUAUUGCUGAAAUAUAUAGCUAGCUUAAA